AUGCCUAGCCAGGGCUACGAGAGGGUAGCCGCCCAAGACGAAGAAGACUCUCCCCAGACGCUGCAACCCGGCCAGCAGUGGCCCCCGGCCUCGCCACCACCCUCCUUCCGCUCGCGCGCAUCAUCACCGAACGGCACAUCACGGCAUCUCCUAUCCGAGGAUCCUAUCACGAAUGAAGAAGACCGCACCCUCGCCGAUACCUUUGACUCGGAUUCCGAUGACGACGACGACGAUAACGAUGGGCGCGACGAUCGGCAACGGCUGAUGCGGGGAAACCCGAGGACAGAAGACGAGGCGGCGCCACCGGGCAUCCAAAGGAGAGUAACGGAACUGCCAGUAUUCAACACACAAGCGCCGACUCCAGGGCGAGUGUACGGUGGAGGAAACGGUGGUGUCUGGGCAAAUCUCAGCGCAAAGCCUACCAGAGGGGAAGAUGCCGAGGAGAAGCCUCCGACAUAUGAACAAGCUGCCGCAGACGCGACACCACCCUACUGGGAAACCACCAUCCUCGCUCCCGGCACUUUUGGCGAUGAAGUCUUUGUCGAAGGCCUCCCCGUCGGCUCCCUCUUCAGCUUCCUCUGGAACGCCAUGAUCUCCAUGUCCUUCCAACUCGUCGGAUUCCUCCUCACCUACCUGCUCCACACGACCCACGCCGCAAAGAACGGAUCCCGCGCUGGUCUCGGUAUCACGCUCGUGCAGUUCGGUUUCGGAUUCCGCUCCGCCGUACUCUCCCCGAACAACGGUAGCAACGAUAACCCCGGACAAGGGUUCGACGGUGGCGUUCCAAACGACCCGAAUGCGCACGACUUUGACCCGGACAAGGUCGGCAGUGGAAACACAGGGGGCAGUGAUAUGACACCCGCCGCGAGUGCCAUCACAGGCAGUGACUGGAUAGCGUACGGCCUGAUGAUUGUUGGCUGGUUCAUCUUGAUCAAGAGUGUAUCGGAUUUCAUUCGCGCAAGGCGGCACGAACAACUCGUUCUCCAGUCUCCCGAUCGGGGGCUGGGUGUGGCGGUGGUCGCCGAGGGUGAAAGCCCGGAGCGCAGUGUAUAA